GGCUGUCGUGCAAGCCUGACGGUCUUGCUUUGAGAUCCUGCUUGACACUCCAGGGGUGUGCCUGCAAAACGUUGAAUCUUUCAACAUCGUAAAUUGCAUCUCGAACGUAAUCUUACGGCACUGGUGCAACGCUUCUUAUACUGUCAUCGGAUAUAUUUCGACGUGUUUAGAAGACACUGCGUAUAUACGCAGACGUGGCUUCUGACCGAGACAUCAAGCACGCUCUGCCAUUCACAGGCGGUCUUUGAUUUCACUGAACAACUGCGGGCGGUGAUUGAGUGUCCCAUUGAGGAGCAGACGUUUUUGUUUUACGGCUGUUUACUGGAAUCGGGAUAUUAAACACGCUCAACGGUCGGUAGCAGAACGUCUGGACGAGAUUUCAAGGAGGCAGAUCUGGGGCGUACGUAAUUGUUGGUCUCACACACGGAGUGAGUUACAAGGAGAAGUGCAGGAAAAACAACGGUGUUUUGAAGGAUGCCCAAUACAACGCGAUACCCCAAAGGCUGUGCUACGACCUGCAAGGAGGCCUGCGUCAAGGAGACUCUGCUUCAACUACUUGAGCCUGAUGACGUGUACAUCACUGAAGACAUGCGGGAUAAGGCGUACAAUAUUUGUCGAGAAUUUCUCAGUGGUUCGUGGAAAAGCAUUUCAAGUCGCGACAUGGUGUUCAAGUCUGUCAGUGGUGGACUGAGCAAUCUUCUGUACUACUGUUCGCUCCCGGAGACGCAUACUCCCCUUAUUGGAGAGCCAAGCCAAGUUUUGAUGCGCAUGUACGGCCAGAUUCACGGAGAGGGGGCUGACUCCACAAUCACGGAGAGCGUUAUCUGCACGCUUCUCUCCGAACGGAACCUUGGGCCAAAGUUGUACGGAGUAUUUCCCGGAGGACGCCUGGAAGAAUAUAUCCCUGCCCGAGCUUUGGCUCUUCGCCAACUCAAAGAUCCCGAGAUUUCCUACACGAUUGCGAGGAAAAUGGCCAAGUUACAUGUCCUUCAUGCUCCGCUAGUCAAGGAACCCACGUGGCUCUUCAACAAUAUGCAGAGGUGGCUAGAUUUUGCUCACAGCAUUAAAGUGGACACUAUAGCAGUCAAAGAUCAGCACAUGGCUGUGAAGAUGCUAACUGUGGAUCUUGCUGAAGAAGUGAGGUGGCUCAAGGACUUCCUGUUGCAGGCAAACUCUCCCAUUGUGUUUUGCCACAAUGAUCUCCAAGAAGGAAAUAUCUUGUACAUGGAGAGCACUGAAUUCCAAGAUGAACACUCUUUGAAGGAAGACAAUUUGGUGUUCAUUGAUUUUGAGUAUUGUGCAUACAACUACAGGGGAUUCGACAUAGCCAAUCACUUCUGUGAAUGGUUGUACGACUAUUCGCACCCUAAGCAUCCAUUCUUUAAAGCAAAUGAUGACUAUCCGUCUUUGGAGCAUCAGCGUGCGUUCGUGAAGCAUUACCUGAACACGUUUAGGAUUUGCAAUGUGGGCCCCAAACAAGUGGACAUGGACCCAUCAGUCAACACGAUGGAGCACAUUCUCAAGGAGGCAGAUAUGUUUGCAUUGGCCUCUCAUCUGUUCUGGUCACUGUGGUGUAUUUUCAAUGCGCAUACGUCCAAGAUCAAGUUUGGAUACUGGGAAUAUGGCCUGGCACGUCUGAAGGCUUAUAUGAAGCUGAAGCAGCAGCAUACCCGUGCGAAGGAGGUUCAGCCCGGAACCUAGCGUGCUUCCAUUUCCUCAGAGACUGGGAGAACCAAAGCCCAUGGGACAUUACUGCCAAGACAGGAACCUCCACCUGAAUAUGGAAGUCAAAUGAAAGAGAAGUGCUUACAGGACACUGGCUACCCGUAAAUAGUCUUCGCUCUCCUGCACAAGGACAUCGUGUGGAAGAGCUACGUCAGAAAGUCUGUGUAACCAGCAUUCCAGGAGUUGUAAAUAGUAGUGUGUACACAUGCUCGUUUUUUGAAGGUGUCUCAACUAUCAAAUGUGUUCAGCACGUUCCUACUGUUGUUGCAUUACAGAUAUCGGGGAUUUGAACGACUUGAAAAGGUGCCUUAGAAGCGCAUGAUUUCCAUUUUGUGUCUGCAUGCAGUUCGGCUUUGCGACACCAUGCUUGUACACCGGGCGUACAUUUCCUUGAUAAGGGAAGAAAGGUACGAAUGAGAAACGAAAGGGUGGAGAGCGCGUAUUUCGUGCUAAGUGAGACAUUUCAGAUACUCAGUCUAGUCAAGAGUUCCUCUUUUGGCUUUCCUUUUCCUCGUGCAUUUUCUGUGUUCUCCCCACAAAGCUGCUAGGGGCAUCUUGCGGUGGAGAAAAUACAUUCCGACAGUAUUUGGGGCAUUUUCACUUUCGUUACGAGUGACAGAGUUCGUUGGAUCGUCAUCCAUGCGGCCUAACCCACUAGACCACGCGGCCUAGACCAUGGCAUAGAUGAGACCCUUCCUUGUAAAUGUGUCUCCAAAAUUUUAAUCCUACCGCAGAUGUCUAUCGUUACCAAAAAAAUGCACUUCAUGCCCGUUGCCGUGAAGAUGAGGCGACGUAAUGAAUAUUUGGGUUCGUAAGUGAGAUUACUUCAUCCAUGUAGCCAGCACCCCCUUAGCAACAAAGAUGCCUUUUUUGUGUAUAUCAGAAAUCCUUGAAGUCCUUUGUGCUAUAUGUGAAGGGAAAACACUACAACAACAGCGCUAGGACACUGGAACAGCAGCAAUCAGCUGUUUACUGUGGACUAUCGUUGUUCAUGCUAAGAAAAACAAAGAGAAGUCCUUUGCUUCAGUUGUUUCUGAAGGUGCACUUCAUGAUCCUUGGACAGCCUUCCUCUUUUACCUUGGUAAAAGUGAUCAGAAUCACUGCAGGUCUAAGUUCCAUUUCCAUUGAGCUACAUUCUGUACUUGCCACCUUUUCUUUGUGUCUACCAUGACCAAGUUCUCGUUGUCGUCCUAACUUAUUCAUGGUGGUGCAAAACGUGCUGUCACUGUGAUGUAUUUAUUGGUUUUAGUGGAUGCUGGUAACUUUUGCCCCCGUUGAAAAAAAAAAAAAAGAGGUGGGUUUCUGGUUUUAGUGGAAAAUAAAAGCAAAGUAAAAGGUAA